AUGGAGACUGACGAUGGACAGUAUCAUCAACAUGAUAAUGUCGAUGUUGGUGUACAACAAGAAGAACAACAACAUCAAGUAGAAUAUACUUAUGAGAAUCAGGAGGAACAUCAACAACAACAUUAUGAUAAUGCAGAGCAACAGGAGUAUGAACAUGAACAUGGACAUGUUCAUAAUGAAGAUCAACAGCAACAGGAAGAGGUACAACACACAGAUUAUCAACAACAAUAUACUUAUGAUAAUCAGGAGGAGCAGCAAUAUGAACAGCAAUAUGAACAACAACAUUAUAAUGUUGAGGAACAUACGCCUCAACAAGAGGAGGUGCAGGAACAUCAACAACAUUAUGAUGCUGACUAUGAGCAACAACAACAGGCCGUGGACAAUAGUACAUCUUAUGAUGAAUACACACAGACAAGUGAGGAACAACCUCAACAUGACACAACGGACAACCAUGUACAACACGACGAACAACUGGCGCAACACCAGGAUCAUCAAGACCAAUAUGCAUCAUACGAAACCGAACAACAACCACAACAAGAGCCGGAACAAGCACAAGAACAGGGAGAAGAACAAGGAGAAGAACAACCAUACUAUGACCAGUCUAGCGAAGGAUAUACCUCACCUUCGUUAUUGAGCCACACGUCACAGACACAGGACUCGAUGUCUGUGUAUGCAGAGAGUGAGGGACAGGCCGAAACAGAUGGAGAGGUGGCCAGCUGCUACUCCCCACUGUCCGUCCACCAAGAGACCGAUUCAAACGUGGCGCUAUCCGAGAGCAUCGAUGUCAGUAGCGUGGGUAGCACGCCCGAGCACUUUGACGAAACAUUCGACAGCACCCUCAGCCACAGGAGCAGACUGAUCCGCGAGGUUGUCAGCUCCGAACGAUCAUUCUCCAAUCAUCUCAACUCUGUCAUCACUCUUUACUUGGAGCCACUGAGGAACAACAGGCCAGCCAUUUUGGAGAAGGAGCACUUUGAAUCGAUAUUCUCCUGUAUUGAGACGAUCAAACAGAUGAGUGAUGAGGUUCUCGUGGAGUUGGACGAAGCGAUCAAGUCUGGCAAUGAGAAUGUUGCCAAGCCAUUCUUGUCAAGGAUGGCCAGAUACAAGGACUACCUUCAAUAUGGCAAGAAUCAUGGUAUUGCCAUCGAGCUGAUAGCCAAGCUAAUGGAGAAGAAGCCAUCCUUUGUCACAUUCAUUCACGGUGUUAGGGAUACCCAAGCACAGCAGUCUAGAUUGGACCUUCAGGCAUACCUUAUCAUGCCAGUACAGAGAAUGCCAAGGAUCAAGUUGUUGUUCAAUGAGAUAUUGGACCAGACUGAGCCUGAACACAUUGAUUAUCAUGAUAUCAAGAACUUCCUAGAGUUCAUCUCAAAGGCUACAAAGGACAUGAAUGAGGAGAUUAGGAAACAGGAGAACAAGCUCAAGGUCGAGAAGAUCCAGAACGAGCUGGCUGGAGGCCCAAGGAUCAUAAGUGAAGGAAGAGUAUUUGUUAGAGAGGGAACUUUGAUGAAGGUGUGCCGCAAGGUACCAAAGCCACGCUUCUUCUUCUUGUUCUCAGAUAUACUCAUCUACGCUACAAAGUCAACGCCAAUCAUGCAGUCUGGAUCAUCUACAAACAUGGCUCAACAAGCCAACACUCAUUUUGUGUUCCAUCGAUUGAUGAAGUUGAAGGACAUCAAGAUCAAGGACCUGCCUGACAAGGACACGCAAAAGAAUGCCUUCCAAAUCAUCAGCACGACAGAGAAGUCAUUCACCGUCUACACCGAGACGCCAAAGGAGAAGACCAACUGGCUCGAUGACCUCAGACAGCUGGGAGGCGGAGGCGGUACCAAACAAGGAGAGGACGGUGUCGAGGUGCCAGUGUGGGUGCCCGACAAGGACGCGUCCAAGUGCAUGUUCUGCAAUGACUCAUUCACCAUCAUCAAUCGUAGACAUCACUGCAGGAACUGUGGCAAGGUCGUAUGUGGCUCGUGCAGUCCCGCCAAGAAGCUACUGCCUCACGUCAAGAAGGACAAGCCCGUGAGAGUGUGUCUGUAUUGCUACGACUUUAUCACAAUGUCUGGUAGUGGACAUGGCCAUGAUCUCAGCACUGUUGGUGGCGCUGGUGCUCCUCGCUCAAUGACACCACCCAACCCCGCGAUGACAGGAAGUGGCGUGCGCUCCAGUGCGAUGUUCAAGCUCAACUCACUCCUCGGAGAUAAGAACUCAAAGAGACGCUCGACAAUGUAUCCCAACAGCAAUGGCCAGUCACAGGACCCCUCGGCCAGCUCACCCAACCUGACCUCAUCGGGUGGAGGCAAGCGUGACACCAUCACUGGCAAGUUCCGUCGACUGAAACACGUGAUCAAGAAGGAUGGAUCGGACGACAGGCCAAGCCACAGCACCUUGGAUCGUACCAACUCUGAUCCUCACUUGAUCACCAGGACCAAGCCUGUUGGUACACCAAUGACAGGCUCUGUGCCCAUUCUUCCUGUGGCCGCACCAGUCCCCUCACGACCAGACCGCAACAGUCGAAUCAUCUCGACAACUACACCACCGGCCCCAACAACAACAACGGCCCCACCUGUUGUCACGGCUCAUCCCCCAGUCAACAACAAUGUACAGCCAUCGGCAUUCAAUCCAAUGGUGGCUCCACCUGUCCCCAACCGAGGACUGCGAAAGGCACCAGCUGUCACCCAGUCGCCUCCACCUCCAACAAACAAUGUACAACAGAUCCAUCACCCACAUGCAUUCCAACAACAACAUCAACUAUUCCAACAACAGCAUCAACAAUAUCAACAGCAACAGCAACAGCAGCAUUCAUCCCCACCUCUGCCAUCGAAACCUACUUCACCUGGCUUGGCACCAGUUGUUCCAAGACCAAUCCCCACCAACUCCAACACCAGAACACAUACGACUACACCAACUACACACUCACAAGUCACAACUCCACCUAGCAACGUCCCAAGAGUGGCCAGCACAUCGUACAAGCUUGCUCCAGUUCCUACACCUGUGCCACACACAACAACAACAACAGAGCCCCAACAACGUAGGAGUAUACCUCCAAGGGAUAGCCUGGCGCCAGUAUCCCCAAGGAAGCCUAUUUCUCCAAGGAAGCCAAUGGCAUCGCCCUCCCACAACCAUGAGAGCCCUAGCAAGCGUGUUGGAUCAAGCGAGAUUGUGCGCUCAAGCACUGGAUCAGUCUCGAGUAUCAUUCAGAACUUCAACAAACUGGCCACUACACCAACAACAUCUCCCACCCUGCAAUCCAGUGUCCAAGAGAGUAGACGCAAGAGCAACCAGAUGGCACCGCUCGAUGAGACACAGCCAGCACCAUUCCCAAGGCGAUCAAACCCACCUCUGAGACCUACAAGCACCAAUCUUGGACUAGCAACAGUGGAAGAGGUGCAGACACCUCCAAAGGAGAUCCAACCACAGCCAGCUACACUCCAAAGACGAUCAAACCCACCUUUGAAGCCUAUGGUCGUUCCAACGGCAACAACUCAAGCCAAUCCAAUCGCUACUCCCAUACCUUCGUCCAGCGUCCAUCAACCAGUACCUCGCACUACUGAGCCACGCCCACUACCCAAGCCAACUGGCUUCCCGUUGAUGGGCAGCGUAACCAAUCACACAACAAGCGGCAGAGCUUUACCAACCCCUCCAAAGACUACAUCAGUCCAUACUCAACCUCAACAACCCACUCUUGACCCAACACCUGUCACCGCCGCCACACCAACAGCAACUCCUCCGACUCAUCACCAACCAUUGACAAAAGAACCGAUCAAUCCAUCAUCUACCAACUCACCUCCACUGAGGGCAAACCCUCCACCCAAACCCAAGUCACUACGACCAAAUGUACUUCCACCAACACCACAAAAGCAAACGUAG